GAGCGUCGCUCAGGAAUACAUUCGUUCGUAUUACGUCACUGUACCUUUUCAAGCUGUAAUUCGGGUUUGCGGUUUUUCAGGGAUACUCUGAAAACCCUAAACCUUUACCAGUUCUUUAAUCGUCAAGUUCAUUCGGAGAUUUGAGAAAAGUGCGUCCGUCUUUGGCGAAUCUGUGUUCGGUUGUGGAGCUACUUUUUCUGUCAUUUGCAGUCUGAAUUUCCGGUUGUUCAGUAUCAAUUUUGGUGAAAAAUUAGGGUUAAAUCUUUGAGUUGGUUUAGGAUAUGUCGGACCGAGAGAGCGGAGAUGAAGCACCUCAGGGUCAAAACAAGUAUGGUCAAGAUGGCGGCAGCCAUGAUGGCCAGCAACAGCCGCAAUCAGAGCAGGAGUUGGCAUCAAAAAUGCUUCAUAUUCAAUCUAAAAGAUUCUAUCUAGACGUGAAACAAAAUAUGAGAGGAAAAUUUAUCAAAAUAGCCGAAAUUGGACCUGAUGGUAGAAGAAGUCAAGUAUUUCUUGCUUUAUCUAUAGCUGCUGAAUUUCGCGACCACUUGAAUCUAUUCAGUGACUACUACGCUUCUCUGGGUCCACCUAAUCCUGACACAGUGCCAGAUGAUGGAAAGUUGAAGUCGGAAGUGAUGGUGAAAGAAAACCGGCGAUACUAUCUUGACCUGAAGGAAAAUCAACGUGGUAGAUUCCUAAGAGUAAGUGUAGUAUCACAAACAAUGUCAAGAGGCGGGCCUAGAUCGCAGAUUGCAAUACCCGCACAAGGAAUGAUAGAAUUCAGAGAUGCACUAACAGACCUCCUGGAAGAGUUUGGAACGGAAGAUGGAGGCUUCAAAGGCGAUUUACCCGAGGGAAAACACAUGCGGGUUGAUUCCAAGAACUUUUACUUUGACAUUGGUCAAAACAAACGAGGCGUCUACAUGCGUAUCUCGGAGGUAAAAACAAAUUUCCGAACCGCCAUAACUAUUCCAGAGAAAUCAUGGUACCGCUUUCGAGAUAUCUUCGCUGACUAUUGUAAUAAAAUCAAAGACGGCGCGGAUAAGUCAUCGGGAGGGAACGCAUCACAAGAUGAAACCAGUACAAGCAAGUGACCACGUUACUAUUAGAUAACUAAUCAAUUCUUUUUUUUUCUUUUUUUUUCUAUUAAAAGUUUGAUUAAUGUAAGGAAGGACAAGUAAAGAGUGAAUUUCAAAAUCCGUUAAACAGUGGCAACGGGAUCCAGAAAUGAUUUAUUUACAAAAGAUUAGAAUGAAAAUCCCUCCAUAAACCCCCCCAAAACUGAGAAAAAAAUUGAAAAAAAUAGACAAAAAAAUUCCAAUCAAUUACGAUCCUUGAAACCGCCAACUCGACAAUGAAAAACUGUAUCUAAUAUCCAUUAGUUACCUUAUAUACAUAAUUACUAUGUAUAUACCUUAAUAUUUAUAUUUGUUUAUGCAUACGUAUAUGUUCUUGUAUAUGGUACUAUGCAGACAUAUUUAUUUAAGUUGUAAAUGCUGGACUUGCGUGCAUGAACGAACUAUAUUCUGGGAGUUUUCAAUUAUAAAUAAUAAAUUAUGAAUGUAAAGAAUAGUACGUUUAACCCUCGUAAAUUCGGCUGUGCACCAUGUGCACAAUAUGUAAUAACUAAUAGAUGCUGCUUGUUCUUCGUGCUUGCGUAAUUGCUGCUACCGUGUCACAAAAUUUUGAAGCCAUAAAAUCAGGUCAUCAGAAUGUGCGAUUCAUUAUUGUAGCCAACAGUAUUUCUAAACUAACAGACCCAACUCAUGGAUUUAUUUAACCCAUUUGAACCACCCCAGUCACCUUGACUGACUGUAAAAGUUGCGCUGAUUCUACCUAGAUUUUACGCACCAGGCCAGAAAAAAGUUUAGAUCAUUUUAUUUGUUUUUCUUUUGUCACUUAGUUACAGCCUGUAACAAAUGUGCUUUCAGCAAAACACAAGAAUUUACAUGGUCCAAAGAGAAAACUUUUAGGGCCUUCAUUAAACCAAAACUUGAGCAAAAACACAAAACACAGAUUCAUAAUUAUUUUUAAUGCCUAUGCUCUAAAAUCUUGGUCCUUGUUUAAGCUAGCAAUCUGUCUCCUAUCAUCUUUCAGUAGUAUUACUCGAUGUCAGCAAGGUCUGAACUCCACUAAUCAAUUAUUUUUCGCCGACAAGGCUGGGUCUGUUGGUUUCUCAGUAUUUCAAUCUUUUUAUAUCAACUGUGACCUUAGUUUCACUCAAAAGGCUUUUACGCAUGUACGUUAAGUAUGUAGUUAUAGAAAGAUAUACAUGAAAUGUAUAUAUUAUAUAGUUUCCUUCUUUUCUUCCUCUCUCCUCGAACCAAGUGAAAUUAUUUGUAGACCAUGCAAGGGUUGUAUCAUGUGUGCCACAGAACCAGACUAAUUCUUCUCUCCCUUCGACUGGUGUUGUUGCGUGUUAUGUUCCGCGGAAGGCCUUAGCUAACCAUCAGAAGAACGAGAGUAAAGAAUCAGAGUCCCAGUCAUUUCACAAAAAUCUUCUGUCCCAAAACUCGUGUCUUAGUUCAUUCUUAAAAGACAAUACCAAUCCAAAUUCUUUACCUAUAUAUGUUGCUGAUGAAUUGUAAAGCGAUCUAUACGUAGAGUACUAAUAGUCUAGCAUGUCAGCAAAAUUCUUGGAAACCAAUGCACCACACAAGUCACUUUUGCUUCCUCACUUAGAGGGCUAUCCCAAACUUAGUCCUAUUCUUAUUUCUUUGACCAAAUCUUUACCAAAAUCUAUGACUCGGGAGAAUUCUUGUAAAGAUCGCUACUUUAUGAAUUGUUUGCUGCUGUGUUUUUGUGAAAGUGCAUUUAAUGAAAGAGGUGUUGAGCAUCAGAGCUGAGUUUAUUUUUGUGAAGGAUCAAUUUUCAAGGCAAUUGAAAGGUUUCCUUAUUAAGGCGCAUAUCCUUUUCAAACCAACAUUGAUUAAAAACUGCUCGAUACCCUAAUUUAUUAUUAAAUGCAUUUACCUACUCGGCUGUGUAAAUUGCUCUCCCUCACUGGAUUAAAUUUGAGGUCUUGCUGUAGUGGUUUCAUUUACGGCACUAUCUGUCGAGUAUUUUAAUUAGUGAAUUCAUCAAAAACUUGCACAAAAACCUUCAAAUAAUGGUCAUAACUACAGCUUUCCUCAAUAAUUUGCCGUCUAAGCCAGACUGAUCUACUGUCGGCAGAAAGAUUCAAGCAUCUAACUUGCAGUUUCAGCAGAUUUGAUCAGCUCGUUGUAAACGUGGGAGAUCCGUAUAGGAAUCUGUUCUACCUGACUGACAUAACUGCCGCAUUUUUCUGCUCUUACUGGAUAAUGCUUUCAGAAGUAGUUUCCUUGGCAACCUUUGUGUGGAGAAUAGUCUUUGCUCUGGACAACCCUUGUCUGAAUGAAAUCACUGCCCACCUGAGUUAAAUAUUUUUAAAUUAUAAAUCAUUACGUACUCAACGAUAGAUCAAAUCUAAGCUCGAAUUAUCUGUUGUAGUCUCUUGCUAGUUGACAUAAAAUGUCAACUCGAGUAAUUUUUACGAAGAACUUUUUGAGUUCUCUCUCUUUAGGUCUUUUCUAUGCGAAUCGACACUUUAAAUCGGAUUUUUUUUGCUAGACCGUAGCAUGCCCAAAAAAAUCUGUUUCUGUCAAUUACAAUAUUAUCAGCGUUAUUCUUUCAUUUUCUUUGUUUUUAUAAUUUUUUUUCAAUUCUCAGUUUUUUACAGUACACAUUAAAUUUUUUUCUCAAUGUAUUGUUCAUAUUAACUUUUUCAAAUUGCAGAAAAAAUUUGAGUUUCAGGGUCUUUAAGUUUCAGAAAUGGCCAAAUCCGAAUGCCUUUCAGUUUAUAUGAUAACAGGUUCAUUGUGGAGUAACUCAGUAUUUCUAGGAGGAAGAAGUUUCAAAUUCUGUUCGUUUUCUUUGUAUUGCAAGUCCGUAAUAGCUCUGUUGCUAAUCUCUGUAGCUAAUAUUUGCGGAUUAUAAACUUUCUAACUCAAAAGUAGUAGUUCCGUGAAAGUUCGCAAUCUGACAAAAUCGGCCGCAAUUAAAUCGUUUCAUGGUGGAGAGGCUGUACAUUGAUUUAUCAAAUUUCGUUAAGAGUCUGAAGCCAAAAUACUUUUAUGAUUUGCAUGUUGCACCCCGUUCUUAUUCCUUGAAGACAAUUUCUGUGAGGCUAUUUUGUAUUUAUUUUUUCAAAAUUAUCCCAGUAAGGAAACUUGACAUUAGUUAAAGCUAAUGUGAUGUUUUUGGCAGGUCUCUAUUUUCCAUUAGUUUUCUAAAUCAGCGCUGUUGUGAUAAAGUUGGAUUUCAUCAGCAUUAUUCUGGAAACCAGUGAUCAAAACGCAAGUUGCUGGUCUCCCUGUUAUGAGGCACAAGUUUCAGAGCCCCCAAAGAUGUCUGUAUCGAAGACGUACGUAAUGGUUUAUCCGAAAGAUAUUACUUAUUUACUCUUCUCUCAAUUAAAUUGACGGAAGCCAAUGGUUAUAGUCAUGUUUUAAGUAAUAAAUAGUAUAUUUUUUGUUUGUCGUUGGGUUAUGGGUAGGUAUUUAACAUUGAUAAUUAAUAAGUUCAUAUUUUAUCGUUUGUUGAUAUUGGUAACGAACUAAGAUGUUAUUUCUGUUUUCCUCCACGUUACAAUUUCUGCAUACAUUAUCGAGCAGCUGACACCGCAUUUCAUCCUAUUCUACGUGCAUUAAAUCUUCAUCAGGAAACUUGAAAAAAUUUCCCGCAUUUACUUUCAAAGUCGGGUCGUUCCAUUAGGUGGAAUGGAAAUGCGGUAUCUGGUGUUUUUUCGGCUUUCUGGAAAGUACCUAUAAUUUUCUCCUAUCCCAAAUCUUUUGUUAGAUUCCCACUCCUAGCUUCUGUUGUUGCUAAGUUACUAAGCUGUCGACGUUAGGAAGUAAGUCGGGGACGAAAGCGCUGUUUGGAAAAGGCAAGAUUUUAAAGCAUGAACGUUCACAGUUUCCUUGUUUUAUUUUGAUUUUUGUUCGUUUUAACUGCUCUUUAUUUUCUAUGUAACUAAGUCUCUUUUUUUUCUCUAUUGUGAUAUUGAUUUUAGAUUUAAUUUAAAUUCUUGUGGAACUAUUUUUUGUCCCUUUCAUGGGAAUCAACUCGACUCCGAGCAUUUUGAACGAGCCAACCUUUCACCAAAAACCAUUAACUACCCUUGAGCCUUUGAUCUCGCUCGUUUUAUGUUGAACCUCAACGCAAGAAAAUUUUGUUUUUGCUUGCAAAUUACAAUGAAGGAUUGGUGUUGAUCCCUUGACUACCAUACGAAAAAACUUGCUUCCCUCGCUAGUUGACAUUCUUAUGUAAGGAUAACUGCCAAGCAGCGAAAUUGCCUUUCAAUUCACUCAUACUCAUUGGGCCAUUAUCAAAUGGUCGCAGUGACCUGAACAAGUUCCUUGCGCAGUCCUUUGCUGUAAUUUGUUUAAUUUAGUUUUUCUCUCUUUUUCUAUCGUGCGAUUCGUCUAUUUUACUCUUCACUCUCAAAUCAUUUUAGUCCAUCUGUAAGCUUUCCUUUUACCAGUAUUCAACUAUUCUCUUCAAAAGCUAGGGCUUGCAUCAAAAAUGACUGCCAAUAGUCUGCCGUUUGAAUAUUCAAGUUUUUCAAAAUUUUGCUUGAAUUCGUUGCUGUUGUUGGAGAUCAACUCUGAAGGAGUCCACUUAAUUUUCAGAACACUUUGUGUGGGUCAGCUUGGUUUUCAGACCACUUUGAGUGGGUCUACCUUAUUUUUUUGGAAACUACAAAUGUCAUGAGAAAAUUGAUAAAGUGUUACAAUGGACUUUUUCCUCAGGUGAAGAUUAUAUAGGUACAUAUUUUUUCCAUCAAACCUGCCAGUUAAUUUAAAAAAAAAAAAAACUGAACCUUGAAGGAAAGCUUCAUAUGCAAUUUAGUUUUGUAAACUUCCUUGCUUUUGGAACCCAUGCGACCAAAACGUAGUUUCUAACUCACCUUUUUAAAAAUCCAGCAAGUGUCAAAAUUAAGUAGGCACAGAGUGUCCGUAAUUUUUCCUCACUUUGAAUCCAAUUAAAAAACUGCUGGAUAUUGUGAAAAUAUCAAUUCCUUUGCCAGUGUCUACUCUCAGCAUUCAAAGUUUCUCUGAAAAGAAAGUAGACAGCUAUGCCCGAAAAUUCACUCUCAUAUUAUCGAUUUCAGUGCGAGGGGAGAUUUCACCCUCUAUUGGAGUAAACAAAUCUAAAGCUUUGCUUAAAUUAAAACUGCGAAUCAAAAUAAAUCAUCACAUACGGAUGAUGUUUGAAGGUAAUUCUGGAAAGCUGUACAAAUUCAAGAUCUCAACUCUUUAUUGUAUCAUCUGCACUCGCUGACAGUUUCUAUUUUUCCUUUUUUAUAGUUUCUUUUGUUUUUAUUAUUUUUCUAUUUUUUUAGUUCGUUCAUGGUUUUUACUUCCAGAACUUGUUAAAUUCAUGCAGUGUGUCAUGCCUUUAAAUUCGUUCCCUUUGAUAACUUUAAGAACCCUAAAAAAUAUCAAAUCAAAAUUUUUGAUACAAAUUUUAGAAAGCCCACCAUUGAUAUCCGUUGAAAACCAUCACAACCUGUGUUUCAGAUCUUCUGACAGCUGCUUUCGUGCUAAUCACCCAAUUAACAACUUAUCGUGUCUUUGCGUUUUUUCCUCAUAAUCCAGGUCUCUAUGUAACCCUACCCUCCGUCCACUACAACACAUCACAGACACAUCCCCAUUGAUUCUGCUAUGGUGUUAUACCUUAUGUUUUGAUUCGCUGUGCUGGUUCUUACUAACUUUUGAAAUCUUCUACAAGUUACACUGUCGUGUUAUGGGUGUCUUCAGAAAUUCAUUUGCUGUCUUGUUAUUUCCUUGCAUCCCCCCUCCCCCUUGUUUUUUUGUCUUGUAGGAUCCUGACAAUUUAAUGCUAGCUUAUUCACAUCCAAAAGACCUUUUGUUCGUAAAACUCGGCAACUACAUCGGGAAAUUUGCAUCCCUUUUUUUGGGGGGAGAAACAGAGUGGGAAUAAGAUUUUAAAUAUUUGUUACAUGGUUAAUAAAUUAAAGUAUAUUUUUAGUCUCUCGUGACGUAUUAAAUACGGCGCAACGGGACAGCGCAUUUAAUGCGUCAUUGUGAUUGCUUCCAUUCUGAUGGAAGGAUAAACGAAUCAAUUUGCUGAAAACUUUGUUUAUUUGUAUACAGUCUACGACUUGUUAUUCUGGAGACCCCUAACUGUUUCAAACCUCUGAAUAUAAUUCUCUAGUGAAUGCGUGACGACAAGUGCAUGUGUGCGUGCCUCACUAGCGUUAAUAUAUUAUAUAUAUACUCGUUUUUAUAUAUAUGUAAUAUAUUAAGUUUUCAAAGUCUUUAUUUGUUUCUUCUUUUUCUGCAGAGCAUCAAAUGUUUAUCUUGUUAUAUUAUAUUCUCCUCCCCAAAAACCCUUCAAAUUUGCUUCUUUUAUGGAUUUAUGUUUGCCUACUGACUUCGCUUCUCGUUCCAUGUUUGAUCACAUUGCAAAAUAAUGCUAGUUAGUGACCUUUUUGCAGUUCAUCAAAAUUUGUUCUCAUUCUAACCUAACUUGUCCUCAUGGUAGGUGAAAAACCUUCCUCCAGUUUUGCAUGCUUUUCGCUGUAUUAUUCCUGAAACAUUUCAGUGCGUAAUUCUUAUUGUGUAAGAAAUCAUGUUGUUCUUUGGAACAACAUGAUUUACCAAGCCCAAUAUUAUCAGAAACUGUUAACUUAUUUUUUGGUCCUCGUGGUGCAAGACUGAAUUUUAGUCGCUAUUUUCGUUCAUCAUCAUCUAUGUAAAAGAUACGACUAAGUUAUCCAAUCUGGAUGAUCUGUUUUAAUUUAAAAAAUAGGAAGUAGGUACUUUUUACUCAUCUUGAUUUUAGGAACAUUUAAUCAGCAAAAAAGCAUGUCAAUCAGGGAAAAAUUCAUCGAUCAACUGUGCCCUUUUUAAUUUUAUUGUGAAAGCUUGAAAUUUUUUCCUCUGGCUGUAAUAUUACUUAUUUUCCGCACUAUGGACAAAAAUUAGAACUUAAGCCUUCAAGCUCACAGAUUUUGAAUUUUUAUAAUUUCAAAAAAACUUGUCACCCUGAUGAAAUAACCAUAUCAUUUCCAUGAAAUGCAAAUUGCACGAUAUUGGCUAAUUACAAUAAAAAGCAACUUGAAGAUUUUCCUUUAUAUGAUGUUAUCCAUGUUUCACCUCAAUUUUUGAAAAUUGUGUAAGAAAUCUGUCAUGCAAAUAUGUUUGCUAGAGAGAAUGAUAGCGUUUCAAUAUGAAGAUGGAAGCAGUAGGCAAUGAAAGUGUUAUGUCAUUAGUUAAAUACUUAACCGGUUUUGUGUUUAUGUCUGUUAUAGUUUAGUACCUGAUUAAAUGUUUGAUGCUCUUACAUUUAAGGUUCAUUAAGUUUACUGUCUCAUCCUAUGAUUUAGCGGCCCGUACAGUGGUAUUGCAGAACCACACUUUGAAAGUGUCACAGUUUACUCCACCUCAAAGCAAUGCAUGAUGAAAUUUUUGUUUUCAAUCGGUUCUCUUUGGUGAAGGAAGUUGCGGUGUUAAGGGGCUGGCUUUUAUGAUCAUGCGUGAUAAAAUUCGCAUCGGUGUUAAGUGUUUUGGGACACCCUAAAGGUAUUGUUAUAGGACUUUCAGUUUAUUUAGCGAGUUAGUUAUUCUGUGUAGAUUGUAUUGAGUUGAAAAAAAGUAUGUAUUGGGAAUGAAAAUUGCAUCGGUGUUUGAUUAGGGACAGACACCCUACAGUUUUUACAUUUUUUUAUUUUUUUUCUUCAUUGUAAUCAAAGUUAAAGAUGAAUGGAUACAAAUUUUAAGUAUGUUAAAAAAUUGAGUCAAGAAAAGAAAAACGAUAAAGAAUUUUGGAAAAAAUUUGAAAGAAAAAUUGUGUACUAAGCGCCAAGCGUAUCACGUAAUCAUUUUACUUUUAUGUAUUUGUUAUCAUAUUGUCUUUGUUAUUGUAAAUUAUUAUUUAUUAAUUCAUUCAGUUUUCCCGAUUUAUUUAUUUUUUUAAGUUGAAACCAAGUAAAGAUUAUUUCAGUUGCUGACAUGAA